GCUACACAUGGUUUGCUUAGCUCGGACGCGCCUAAGCUCAUCCAAGAGUCUCUGAUCGAUGAGAGAAAAAAAUCCAUCCCGAAUAAAACAUGUCAUUGGAUCUUGAAUUAAACAAGAUUACCGUUUCGUUGCAAGCAGAUGAAAAAAAUCGUCGUAGACGAGCGUUAGAAGAAAUAAUGAAAAAUAUAUCUCAGGAAGAGAUGUCAAGUAGGCUCGACGAUCUGAUCAAAAUAUGGGAAAGUGUGGAUAGAUUUCUGGUCAGAAUCUUGAACGACAAUACCGAGAUAUGUCGGGAUCUGGCUGUAGGAAUAUUAAAAAUCUUCCUCGAGACUCUGCCACCCAACGACAAAUACAUAAUCUACGUUAUACCGAUAAUGUCUAGACGAUUAGGUGCGCAGGAACAGCUCGAGCCAUCGGAGGAAGUUCGCUUGAAGUCCGUGUCUCUUCUGCGUACCAUAAUUGUGAAGUACAAAGAUGUGUUGGCGCCCUACAUCCAGGAUGUGACAGCAAUAUUGGUCCGCACCGUUAUGGAUAACUAUCCGAAUGUAAAGAAGGAGAGCUGCAGAUGCAUAUCCGAUUAUGCGAAGACUUUAUCCAGGCAUUUCUAUUCGCAAUCAGAGCACCUGAUCAAACCUAUCUUGAGCAAUUUUACGCACCAGCAUUACAGAGUUCGGCUCGCCGCUGUUAGAACAAUAGGUGAUGUAAUUCAACAUGGAAAUAGCAAGUCGAUAGAAGAUGUGGCGACUCCUCUGGCGCAGAGACUCUUCGAUCAAAGUGGAAUCGUUAGAGAAGCUGUAAUUGAGGUAGCUGGCUACUGGUUGACACAACUGCCUGAUAGAUAUGGUUGGUGGCAUAGGCUUCUUCCUUUGAUCCUGACAGGAUUGCAUGAUGAACUUGAGAAGAUUCGUAUAAAAGCAGCAAAUCUGUGGGACGCUGCUGGAAGAAAGUAUAUGGAAGAAAACGAAAACGACAAAAAAUUGAAAGAUAAGAUGGAUUUUCUUACGGAAGAUCCAGAACAUUAUCCACCAGAGAUUUCUAGACCGAAUUUAGGAUGUCGUGUAAUUGUACAGCAGAAUUUAUGUAGGCUUGUUAAUGGCAUCAGUGCCGAGCUUGGAGAUUGGUUGCCAGAUAUACGUGUUCGCUCUGCACAAUUACUCUGUGUAUUGAUAUUAAAUGUUGAAGAGGAUGUUACGCAAUAUAUUGAAAAGCUCUUGCCACCUAUGUAUCGGGCCUGCAACGAUGAGGAUAAAAGAGUCAUCGGCUGUGUGGAAACAGCUGCGCGAUAUCUGGGCUACUUUGUGGAACCUAAAAUUUAUUGUCACUUGGUGCUUCCCACUCUGGAAGAGUGUCUCACAGUUGGACAUCUACGUGUCUUCGCGGCGAUUAUCAGCGGUAGCGAACGGAGAACACUUUCAUUACAGCUGGACAAAAUCGCGCAUUUCUUGCAACGACCAUAUGUUUGCCAAAGCAAAAAGAGCAAUUAUCAAUGUCAAAUACUAUCUUGCUGCGAUUUCCUUCUCAUAGUUUGUAAAGAGGAUUGCGUGACAAUUACUCAAGAAUUAUUCACCGUAAUAUUCACCGUGUACGCGAUGAGCGUGGAAUUUUUCAUUCGCGAGGAAGCCAACAGACUCUUGGAGGUGCUCGUCGACAUAAACUCGCUGAAGGAUAACGAAGAUCUUUUUUUCAAUCAAAUAAAACCACUGUUAAUGUCAGUUCACGACGAUUGCGCCUCGUGGUCGAUUUACAGUGCGGAGUCACAAAUAUUUUGCGCUUGUUUAAGUAGAGCUGAAAUCGCCAUGGCGCAUAAUAUGGACCUCGUAUUACCUAUUCUCAAAAAAACCAUGAGCAAGGACGCCGAUCCCGAGUUGAAGCUGCGACACUUUAUUCUGCUUUCGGAGUACUUCGGUAACAAUGAAAAUUUAUAUCAACAUAUCGAGGAUCCGCAUAAAUUCGUGAAUACAAUUAUCGAGGAAUUGAUUGUGCCUGGGCUCAUCUGGACCGCUGGUAGAGCAGCUGAAGCUAUUCGGACAGCCGCGAUUUGCUGCCUCUGUGCCAUCCUGCAGAACAAGAUAAUUAAUUCCGGCUCAUCUGAAAAUGGACAAUCCAGCAUUUGUAUUACAAUAGACGAGUUUUCGUCCAUCUUCAACAAAGUCGUGCCCGUUUUGAUCAGUCUGGUGGACGACAAAGCGAAGAAAACUAGACUAUACUCCAUGCGAGCCAUUUGUUUACUGAUAACAGUUGGGCAAGGAUUAUCAUGUCUGAACGAGGAACAUAUCCAUCGCACAUAUCCAGUGAUAUUGAAAAGACUCGACGAUGGUUGCGAUGACGUUCGUUAUGCUGCUGUGGAAGCGCUCGUUGAUAUAUGGAACACUGCAUCUGAAACUUAUGAUACUAUCGAUAGCAGGAGUCAUAUUGAUGCUUUGUAUACAACAAUGAUUAUUCAUUUGGAUGAUCCAGAGUCUCGCUUCCAAGAGAUAAUGCUGGAUGCUUUGAAACAUGUCGCAAAGAUCUAUCCUGAAUUGUUGCAUCAAAAAUUACAUAAUUGUCGACCCAAUUUUAGGAACAAAACAGGAAUAGAUGCACUUUUGGAAUAUUGUCAAGCGAUGUCUGACCCUACGGGUGAUCAUGUAGAUGCGUUGGAGGAGGAAUUGGAAUCAGAUUAUAAGCCUCCACCGGAGAAGAGCAUUGAACAGAUCCUGGAAGCGGACAAGGAGGAUGAAAGUUUACGCAAGUAUAAGGAGACGCUUCUGGGAGAAGCGAAGGCUGGUGGUAUCGUAGUGGACCCCACUGAUCCUAGAAAAGUAAUAGUAAAGAAACUGGCGCUGUGCGUCGUCGAUCGACCGGAUAUGGAGUUAGACUUGACUGGUGAUUUAUCGCAAUUGAAAAAACAGACAUUUGUGAUCAAGGAGGGCGUAAGCUACAAAAUCAGGAUCGAUUUUAUUGUACAGCGUGAGAUUGUGCAUGGAUUGAAAUACGUUCAGAAGACGUAUCGCCUUGGUGUGCCUGUUGACAAGAUGACACAUAUGGUAGGCUCGUAUCCUCCUAAAACGGAGCUUCAAUCUUAUACUACUCCACCCGAGGAUGCGCCAUCCGGAGUUGUAGCAAGAGGAUCUUACAGCGUCAGUUCUCUCUUCACAGACGAUGACAAGCAUGAACAUCUCAAGUGGGAAUGGGCGUUUGAAAUCAAGAAGGAUUGGAAAGAAUAAAUCAUUUUAUUCUGUUUGGCUACAAGGAAGUCAGGAAGAGGAUAAUUUGCAAUUCCUAGCCUUAUCACACUUUGCAAGUAAUAAUUAAGAACAUGAAAUGCCAAAACACUGACUUGAAUGAAUGAUUAUAAUAUUCUUUAGUUGGUCUCGGCGUUGCCAUAAAAAUUAAUAAUAUAUUUUGAGUAACAGAAGAGAGAAAGGAUAUAAUCAAUAUUUAAAGUAAGAGUUUUGUUUGUAAUUGAUUGAAUAUUCAAUCAUAGAAGUAGUAUUCAUACAAGAAUUGCAAAGUAUACGUACACAUAAUCUUUAGUCACUAGACAAGCAGACACCAGUAGUAAUGACUUAAGUGACACACGUCGUGACAAACCAGUGUUUCCAGGAAUGAUGAGUAUUAGAUGCAUGAGUGAAAUUUAUAGUGAAUGUUAAAGCCAACAAUUGAUCCACUAUAUAUGUAUAAUACUAAUUAAGAGGAAAGAAAAUGCUCCAAAAUAUUUAGAUAAUAUUUGUAUAACAUGGUUUUCGGACAGUGCUCAAACUUUGCUCGAUUAUUAUAUAUUUGUCAUAUAUUUAACAUUCUAUAUAUAGUGUUAUACAAAAUUAUAUGUUAAAUAUCUAUUAACUAAAAAACUGAUGAAAGAGAAAGGUUACAAAAAGAGAUAACUAUAAUGCUUCUAAGCCAGAAUAUUUCUAAAAAAAUUCAUAUUAUAUUCAUAAUACAUUUUGAAUAUUGCAUUGCAAAGUAAAUUAUAUUUAAUUACAUAAUAUAAUUAAUUAAUUUUAAUCAGUUACUGAUCUCAUAAAUAAAAUAAACUCUUAUCGUUUUGCGAAAUAGAUGACACAAAUUUUUGCUUAUAAUUAUUAUUUAUAUUUAUUGAAAUGUAAAAAAAUUAUCUCUUUAUUGACGACUUUUAAUAGCUUUAUAUAAUUUAUAUCAAAGAUUUUUUCUUAAUAUUUUUUUGUUACAUAUAGUGUAUAUGUGAAAUUGCCUUGGUCAAAAAUAUAAAAAAAACCUCUUGAUAGGUAGUGCCAUAAAUAGUCGCAGUCAAUUUUCGAUCGUGGCCCUAUAAUGCUGAUGAUAAGAUGAUACUAUUUCAUUUAUAUCUUUAUUUUGUGAUAUAAUUAUUCCUAUAUAUUGCCUUGUGUUGGCAAGAAUAUAUAUCUAUAUAUACACUGAUUUAUUGGCUCAACCAAGUAUCUUACAAAUAUAAUGCUCGAGGAUUAUUAUCGAGAAUAAUAUUAACAUAAAUUCUGCAAUAUAUACAAAUUGAAAGUUCCGACAACCAUGUCCUUCAUGGAACGUAGCAAAUGCGUUUAUCACGCAAAUAACUAGAAUCAUUGAAAAGCCCUAAUCCUUAGAGAUGCGCACACAUCGUCAAUAAUUAAUCAAUGUGUAAAAACAAAAUUUGUAUAUUUGUAUAACCAUACUGUGUUAGAGCCUGUGGUGUUUUUCCGAUAAUCGUAUCGAUCAAUCGUGUAGGCUAGGAAUGCCACGUAUUUGUACGAUAAUGAGCGAUGACAAAGAGAAGAAUAUAUAUUAGUAUAGACAUUUUGUACCUUUACUACGAGCUUCAUGAAAGAAACAAAUAGAUUGAGAAUAGUUACUUCAUUGGAAAGUUACACAAAAUAUAUAUUGAUACAUGCAUAUUUGUGCCGAUAAAAUAGAAUCACGUUCAUCGUGCAUUUUUCAUCCAAAACAUAUUUUUCCACUACACACACGACAUAGCCGUGUUACGAUUGUGUCCUUUUAGCUCCAAUAGCAUUUUUUUAAAUCGUCGAAUAGAAGUGGAUCUUUAGUUUUUCCUUUAUCGCUCUUUUUUGUACAUUCAUUCGUAUCUUCCAAAUGACGGAGGAAAAAAAGAAAAAAAGAGAGUCUUCUAGAGUUGUCUGGGAUUAAUUGAACUUAGAAUUUGUGUGUACUUCAUCGUACUUUGUAUAUCACGCGUAUUCAUUUGUAUUAUGUGACGCAAUAUAUAUAUAUUGUAUGCGGCGAAUGCGAUUAUUGUAUAGCAAAUAUACAAACUAUGUCACUAUU